AUGGUAGACACAAGCAGCACCCCUUCUGGCCAAUGUGCCGCUUGCCGCAAGACCACCAACCUGAAACGCUGUGCCAAAUGCAAGACCACCCAAUACUGCUCUCAAGAAUGCCAAAAGACCGACUGGAAGGAACACAAGAAGUCAUGCAGCAAGAACGCCCCGGAUAGAAGCAACCCCAGCUUCAGCACCGGCGGCAGCGGCAGAGCAUCGGCAGGUAUCGCAGCCAUCGACAAACCGUUCACGGCCCUCAGCAAGAAGAAAUGGCUCCACAACCGGCCCGAGGCGGAAGUGUACGCUUUGCUCAUUGACAUAUAUCGCAUGCGGGUUGAAGAUGACUACAAGUUCUCCGGCGACGUCGACAUGGACAGCAUCUACGGAGGCGCUCCAAACGGGUUCGCAGGAUUCCGACGUUUCCUUCGACAAGUCGAGCGGAAGCCUGGCCUAUUGCCGGACUGGUGGUCGAAGGAGAAAGCAGCCGUGUGUGUACGCCACGGCAAAGCGGUGGCUGGAGCGACUUGA